CCGCCGCCCCUGCUCUCCCCGGCUGCAGGCGGCGUGCGCGCAGGACGAGUGCGGUGCAAGCGGCUGGACUUCGGUGCGGCUUCCUCCUGGGCGCGACCCCCAGGCGCGCCCUCCGCGCGACGACAAUGAGGGCGCGGCCGCAGGUCUGCGAGGCGCUACUCUUCGCCCUAGCGCUCCAGACCAGCAUGUGCUAUGGCAUCAAGUGGCUGGCACUGUCCAAGACUCCGGCGGCCCUGGCGCUGAACCAGACGCAACACUGCAAGCAGCUGGAGGGCCUGGUGUCAGCACAGGUGCAGCUGUGCCGCAGCAACCUGGAUCUCAUGCACACCAUCGUGCAUGCCGCACGGGAGGUGAUGAAGGCCUGCCGCAGGGCCUUUGCCGACAUGCGCUGGAACUGCUCCUCCAUUGAGCUCGCCCCCAACUACCUGCUUGACCUGGAGAGAGGGACCCGGGAGUCAGCCUUCGUGUAUGCGCUGUCGGCCGCCGCCAUCAGCCACGCCAUCGCCCGGGCUUGUACCUCCGGUGACCUGCCCGGCUGCUCCUGCGGCCCUGUCCCAGGUGAGCCACCCGGGCCCGGGAACCGCUGGGGAGGAUGUGCGGACAACCUCAGCUACGGGCUCCUCAUGGGGGCCAAGUUUUCCGAUGCUCCUAUGAAGGUGAAAAAAACAGGAUCCCAAGCCAAUAAACUGAUGCGUCUACACAACAGUGAAGUGGGGAGACAGGCUCUGCGUGCCUCUCUGGAAGUGAAGUGCAAGUGCCACGGGGUAUCUGGCUCCUGCUCCAUCCGCACCUGCUGGAAGGGGCUGCAGGAGCUGCGGGAUGUAGCUGCUGACCUCAAGACCCGCUACCUCUCAGCCACCAAGGUAGUGCACCGCCCCAUGGGCACCCGCAAACACCUGGUGCCCAAGGAUCUGGAUAUCCGGCCUGUGAAGGACUCAGAACUUGUAUACCUACAGAGUUCGCCUGACUUCUGCAUGAAGAAUGAGAAAGUGGGCUCUCAUGGGACACAAGACAGGCAGUGCAACAAGACAUCCAACGGCAGCGACAGCUGCGACCUCAUGUGCUGUGGGCGCGGCUACAACCCCUACACAGACCGCGUGGUCGAGCGGUGCCACUGCAAGUACCACUGGUGCUGCUAUGUCACCUGCCGCAGGUGUGAGCGCACAGUGGAGCGCUAUGUCUGCAAGUGAGGCCACACUGCCGCCCCGCACAGAGCGGACUGCUGGAGAGCCCUCAGCUGCCGGGGCCAGGGGCCUGGACACCCUCUGUGGAUUUCUGCUUGUGAAUUCCAGAUGCCUGGCAUGGGAGGUGGCCUGUGUUUUGCCCACACUUGGAAGCCACCAGGAACAGAAGGCCUGGCCACCCUGGAAGGAGGGCUGAGACAUCAAAAGAAACCGACAAGAUAAAAAUAAAUCAGCAGCCAGAGGUCCUGGAGUGCCCACAAGCUGGGCUAAGAAUCCAGGGGCAUGGGAUUGGUGAGACUGGUGUGGAUUUGACCUUUCAGGGCCAGAGAGACCAGCCCUCUGGGAAGGGGUCUGCCCACCCUCAUCAGAAUGUUCUGAGGGACUCCCAGCCCAACCCCAGGGUCUGAACCUGCUGGGCCUACCACAUGGAACCACUAGCUUGGGUUGUAAAUGUAUUUUUGUUUUUUGUUUUUUCUUCCUUUGGGAUGUGGGAGCUACAGAAAUAUUUAUAAAACAUAGCUUUUUCUUUGGGGCGGCUCUCUUCAAUUCCUCUUUAUAUAUUUUAUAUAUAUAAAUAUAUAUAUAUAUA